AUGCCCUCUCAACCCCCACUACCACCCCUCCUUACACCUUAUCUAUCAACCCAGCCUGAGUCUUCCUUGACGCUGAUUUCUUCGAUUCUGGGUGCAACUUCAAACUGGCUGGUCCUAAGAUUCCUUCAUGCAGCACUCGGUGCCUCUUCAAGCUCUAAUGCUUCAUUUGGACUCGAUGAGCUACCUAAUGGCAUUAAGCGAAAAGUGGUGCUCGUGAGCUUUUUGCGCGGCUGGGAGUUUUGGAGGGCAGAGGCAAAGCGAUUGGGCCUGGAUCUUGCGCGUUUGGCGGACAAGCACCAGUUUGCAUUCGUGGACGGCUUAUCGGAGCUCUUCACUUCAGCUGACGCUGCUCCCAUUGCACCUUCAACGAACACGGGAGGCGCGGUGCGCAUAUCACUUCCUCUCCGAUCUCAACCCGGCGCCGUUCCUGGAAGGGGACCUCCCUCUACAGUACGAGCUGGGCGUUCUGCAAAUGGGGAAGGUAGUCAGAGAGAGCCUGGCAUAGCAAAGAAAUUACAUUUCAGUGGGCAUGGGGUUGCUUCCCUGGAUGCUAUGGAGAAGGAUAUCAUUUCUGUGAUCGAUCAGCAAAAGACCUCCAUGGAAGAUGGCGAUGAAUUAAUACUGGUAAUUGAUCAACCGGAUUUCCUUCUUGCCGCUACUGGAGCAAGCAUGGGCAUCGGAGCGACGGAGAUGGCAGAGUGGGUGACAGGUUUACAGCAGCACGUGCACGCAACUGUUUUGACUAUGGCUGCUGAUUCCCCAUUGAUACAUAACGCGUCUACUGCUGGGAACCAGCUAUCUACGCCCAUAGAGACGGAACAUGCGGCAUUUGCUAUCGGUAUGGCCCACCGGGCUCGAUCCGUGAUGCAGCUUCGCACUCUCGAAACUGGCGCCGCGAGGGAUGUAAGUGGAGUGCUCAGGAUCAGCCGAGGGGGCGGCUGGACUGCCGAAGCGAAGGAUAUUUUGGUCGAAAGGGAGUUACUGUACUACAUUCAGCGCGAUGGCGGAGUCCGGGCAUUUGGGCGUGGCGAAUCUUGA